AUGGUUGGUUUUGGAUCGUCCAAAGACCAGAAGAAGAACCAUGAGGAGGUGGCGGAUAUUCCGGCUCACUUGUCAGACUUGCACUGCUUCACUGAGACUGACAAUUGUAUAACAACAACAAUGAUGGAUCUUCCCGGCUAUCGCAUUACCAAAGUUCUGGGCGCCGUCUACGGAAUAACUGUGCGUUCACGCAACAUCGCUGCAGGUAUUGGCAUGGUAAUCAAGAGCAUGGCGGGAGGCGAGCUGAGCUGGUUCACGACUAUGCUGUACAAUUGCCGCAAUGAUUCCAUCAGCCGUGUUGUCCAAGAGACGAAGAGGAGAGGUGGAAAUGCCAUUAUCUGUCUGCGCUUUGAGACGGGGGAUCUGGGAGGCUUUGCACAGGCGAGCGCAUAUGGGACGGCUUGUGUGGUUGAGAAGAUCGAGGGCGCUACUGUUGAGGCGCCCCAGUUACUGCAUUAA